UGUAAUCGCGCCAGAGCAGUGAAACAGAGUGGAGCUUUUCCCAGUCUCUGCUAUAGUCAUCACCUGCAAACUUUUAUCCGCACACAAUAUUUCGAAUGGAAGGAGUAGGGUCUAGACUCGGUCGUGCCUCGUCGAGGUACGGCGGUUCCGCUCCAGUUUUUAGUGGUCCAGUCAGAAAGUGGAAGAAGCAGUGGGUAAGUACUCAGCCAAACAACAACCUUCGUGGUACGGGCAACACUAACAACGUCACCGGGCCAAAACUCAUGCUUUGCCGUUGGACGCCUCUUUCUUCCUUUCAUUCCGAUGAUUCUACCAUGCCGGAAGAAACUCCUAAACGGAAGUUCCGAUAUGCACCUAUUGUUGACUUGGAAGAAAAGAAAAAGGAAGCUCCUGUCAACGAAGCUAAAUUGAGGAAGCUGAAUCAAGCUAUCACAAGUUCAAAAUCGAAUGAUAAUCUGUUGAUGAAACAAAGCAUCAAUGAUAUCUUCGAUGAAGAUUUUGAGGAACUGAGGACAGAUCAGUCCAUUCACACCGAAAGUGAGCUGAAUUAUGACUCGUACUUUGAAGGCUGUGAUUGAGCGUCAGGAGGUAUAGAAACGUUUGGUUGUUAUUAGCGCAGAUUCUAGUGGUAUUUAGGUCUAAAUGGUUGUAAAUAUAGCCCUCUAGUGUAUGUACCCAACUUAGAUUUUCAAGUAUAAAUGAUGUAAAUAUAACCCUCUAGUUGCUUUGCCCAACUUGGAUUCUAAAGUAUAAAUGAUUGUAAAUAUAACCUCUUUUGAAAACUUGCUAGCUUGCAUCAUAGUUGUAU